AUGCCGAGUUGUUGCUUUUGUGGAAGGUGGCAAGUAGCCAAAGAAAAAAACGAAGGCAUAACUUUUCAUAAAUUUCCAAAAGAGAAUCCUACAUUAGCAGCUUGGUUGAACUUUGCAAAACAAUGUUCAUCAGAAGUCAAACCUAGGAGUGUAGUGUGUUCUGUUCAUUUUACAGAAGACUGUUUUGAUCGUUUUUUACGGAGUGUUCGUUUAAAAAAACUAGCUAUCCCAACAAUAAUGAUACAAAGAGUUAAGAAUGCUAAGACAUCAUAUCCUGAAAUUUUGAUGCCAUUAGAUCAGUGUAACCAAUCAAUGGAACGUUAUGUUAAGGUAACAGAUGUAGAAUCGAAUAUAGAAGGAGUUGAACAAAUUCAUUUUGAUAAUGUAGACAGUGUAGACAGUGAUAUUUCUUCAAAAGAUAAUGUUGAUACUUUUGCAGUGAAAAAACCAGAUAAAAUGAAACCAAGAAUGAAUAAUCAGAAAGAUAAUAUAUGUCAGACUGAUAUUAAUGAUUCACCAGGACGAUUAAUUUUAAAACGAAAAAUUAAUAAUUAUGCUCAUAAACUCAAUUUAAAAAAUAAAAGAAUCAAAUAUUUAAAUCAAAAAGUUCAACGCCAACAAAAGUCAAUUUCCUCGCUGAAGAAUGUAAUUGCGGUUUUAAAAGACAAUAAUCUUUUACAUCAGGAUAAUGCUAACCUUCUUUCUGAAUGUUUUGGUAAAAACAAUUAUUUAAUUAGUAAAUUGUAUAAAAAAAAUUUGGGUAAAAAGCUUCCACGCAAAUAUUCAGCAGAUUUAAGACGCUUUGCUCUUUCGCUUCAUUUUCAUUCUUGUAAAGCUUAUGAUUUUGUGCGCAAAGAAUUUGAUACAAUUUUACCCCACCCAAGGACAUUAAGCAAAUGGUAUACAAACACUGAAGCUAGUCCCGGCUUUACUAAAGAAUCACUUGACACUUUAACUUUAAAAUGUAAAAACGCUGACCAUACAAUAUAUUGUGCUUUAGUAUAAGAUGAAAUGGCAAUCCGCCAACAUAUUGAAUGGGAUGGUAGUAAUUAUCACGGAUAUGUGAAUUUUGGUAUUGAUGUAGAUAGUGAUCAAUUAGAUAUAGCAAAUGAAUGCCUUGUUUUUAUGCUUGUAGCUAUAAACAAAAGAUGGAAACUACCUGUUGGAUAUUUUCUUUGUAAACAUCUUAAUAGUACACAAAAAUCUAAUCUACUUUCUCAAUGCUUAGACUUAGUUUAUAAAACUGGUGUUGUUGUUGUAAGUGUUACUUUUGAUGGAUGUUCUUCCAAUAUUGGUAUGACAAAA